CCAACAGUCGUAUAGAAACUAACAGAAAGGAACGGCAGACGUACUUUGUGUACACACGCGGAGAGAUGGAUACGGAAACGCUCGCGCGCUCAUUUUCUGUGCCGGAUUUUGUUGUUUUUGGACUUCUUAUAUUUGUUUCUGUUGCAAUUGGGAUAUUUUUUGCAUUCCGGGACAAAAAACAUAAUACGACGGAAAAUUAUUUCCUUGGAAACAGGAAACUGAGGUCAUUACCAGUUGGAUUAUCUUUCGUCGUCACGUUCCAGUCGUCCAUCUUAAUUUUGGGAUUUCCGGCGGAAGCAUACGCCUAUGGUCUCCAGUAUGCCAUGCAAUGUGUUGGUGUCAUUUGUGGAUAUCUACUUGCUGCGCUUAUUGUUGUACCGAUAUUCCACCCUCUCAAAGUCACCAGUGUUUACGAGUACUAUUUCCUACGUUACAAAACUAACUCUGUACGUUACGUCGCCGUUACGUUAGGCAUCAUCCAUUACACGUUCUACAUGGGAAUAGUUAUGUUUGGUACAGCGUUGGCCUUGGAAUCAGUUGCUAAACUACCAAUGUGGUCAUCAAUUCUUAUUUUCUCGUCAUCUGCCAUUAUCUACACGUCAAUUGGGGGAUUCAAGGCCGUCAUAUGGACUGACGUCUUUCAAUCAAUCGUCAUGCUUGUAGGGAUACUUGCAGUGCUGAUAAAAAGCGUCGUAAAUGCCGGUGGACCCUCAAGUGUCAUUGAGCUGAGCAAAAGCCGCUUCAACAUGUUUAACUUUAACCCUGAUCCUACAGUUCGUCAUACUUUCUGGACGCUUGUUAUCGGUGCCCCGUCACAGUAUUUGUAUUUGUCUAUUACACAAGCCGGGAUACAGAGAAUCAACUCAACGCCGACUAUUUCAGCGGCAAGAAAACUUUUCUACAUUGCAGCUCCAAUCUAUUCAUUCACAUGGAUUCUAGUUUUAAUCCAAGGUCUGGCAAUAUUUGCAUAUUAUUCCAAUAUAGGUUGCGACCCCCUUGCGUCGGGUCAGGUGAAAAAUUUAAAUCAAAUUAUUCCAUUCACAAUGCUUGAGCUAUUUCACGAUUACCCAGGUUUACCAGGGCUAUUUAUCGCUGCUUUAGCAGCAGCUUCACUCAGCACCAUUUCUUCAGGUUUAAGCAGUCUUUCCGCGGUAACGUACGAAGAUUUUAUAAAAGUAUUUUUUAAAGAUAUGAACGAACAAACCGCGACUAACAUAUCUAAGGGAGUAGUAGUAGUAUACGGUGUAAUCUCUGUAGGUUUUGCGUUCAUUCUCUCAAAUGUAGAAGGACCACUUGGGCAGAUUAUGGCUAGCUUUAUGGGAGCAAUAAGCGGACCUGAAGCCGGACUUUUUCUGAUCUCUAUAUUCUUCCGCAGAGCGCAGGCAAAAGCGGUGGUAUUUGCCACGUUGACAGGUAUGGGAUUUGUACUUUGGAUAAGUAUAGGGCAAAAUUUCUCGGCGUCGGUACCCAAAGCCCCGUAUUUACCACUAGGGCCUACUGACCAAUGUAAUGCGACAAAUGAUUCAAUCGCGUCCAAUAUUUCAUAUAUCAUCGCGCAGAAUCGGACCGACGCAGUAUCGGUACUUUUCAACACCAGCACUGUUCAAAAUAUAGUCACAGAAAUUGCUGACAGUUCUAGAACUGGGCUUCAAACAUUUUACUCCAUAUCUUACAUGUACUUUAAUUUAAUCGGGUGCAUCACCGUUAUUGCCGUUGGUACGGUUGUUAGUUUACUAACUCAGCCAAAAGUUCCGGAAACAGUCAGUGACAAAGUUGUACUUCCGUUUUCUAUUUUUAUACCUCCAUUUUUAAAAGGAAAACUACCCUCAUGUACAGGAGACUCGGAGUCUCCAGAUCCUAAGGAACUCCAGGUUAUGAUAAAUGGAACUGACAGAGAUAGAAACGCUUGACUAUCAUAAAUACCGGGAAAAUAUUACAUCGCGUUUUCUUCUCAGAUAUAUAUAUCCGCUUCAAUUUAAAGGCACAUCGUGUCUUAGAAACGAUUUUAUUUUCCUUCUCAAGAAAGGGCAAAUUUUAGUGUUUUUUUUUACGUAAGUUUCAUAUCAUUUAACAAUAACCGUUUAAAAGCGUGUUAGAUGCUCAUUACAAGUAGAAAGUAGCACUGAAUGUGUGAAAUUAUUUGUUCUAAAAAUAGUAAAAUGUUAACAAAGUAAUAUAUUUACUUUCGUAAAAACACUCAAUCAUUAUAACUGUUUUAAUUGCUAAAAAGGCAUCAGAAGCAAAAGAUGGUUUAGGCUAUAGGGAAACCAUAACAGGACAAGAAACAAAACAAAAAGCUUUUGAAAAAUAAAAAUAAAAGCAUUUAUGGGGCAUAGUGGGCCUUUAUUUAAAGCGUCGUUUUAACUCAAUAUUUAUUUAGAAUUCAUUUUUAGGUUUGCAUUUAGAGGUACAACCAAAUGUCUCGAUAAGACUGACAAUCACAUUUUUCAUUAUUACAUUAUAAUUUUAAAUGUUUAACCAUUUUAACUGAUAAAAUAUUACAAUACUUCAAUAAAAAUGAUACAUAUACUUUAAUCUAUGUUCAAAUUAAAGUAGUUAUGAAUUUAUAUUCACGAUAUGAGCCGCGUCAUGACAAAACCAACGUAAUGGAUUUGUGACCAACUGGAUCCAGACCAGCCUGCGCAUCCGCGCAGUCUGAUCAGGACCCAUGCUGUUCGCUAUCAGUUUCUCUAAUUGUUAUAGGGUUUGUAAGCGAACAGCAUGGAUCCUGAUUAGACUGCGCGGAUGGGCAGGCUGGUCUGGAUCCAUGCUGGUCGCAAACGCAUUAUGUUGGUUUUGUCGUGACGCGGCUCAUAUAUUUUUAGAUAAUCAUACAGCGUAUAACGGAACGACCAACAUUUUAUUAAUACAUUGUAGUAUUUUUGUGUAAUUAAACAGGCCAUUUGCCAAUAUUUGGCCUACAUAUAAUUUCGAUUUUAAAAUACGUUAGAAAAAGAACCAAAUUUAUCUUUUCUAGACAUUCCUAUUUUACUUUGAAUAGACAUUGUACAUUUUUAUCAGCACUUUUUGCAUGUGUUCUUGGGAGUUUAAGGCGAAACUAUGGUGGCUGAUUUAUGCUAUGGGCGCCAGACGAAAACACGAAAUACGAAAAUCUAACCACUUUGUCGUACAUGUGUAUUUUUAUGUUAACACUUUGUCGUAAAUAAACUACGACAAAAUGCCACAGUGUCGUAUGUUUGUGUUUAUGUCUGACGCCCCGAGGAGCGUAAAGCCAAAAACACGAAAAUAACUCUGUCGUAUUUUCAUGUUUCGCCUGGCGUCCUGUGGAACAAAAUUAGGACAACCCACAAAUCAGCUACCAUACGAAACAGAAUGUUUGUUUGAGUACAAUAAAGGUUUAUUUUUCCAUUACACAUUGUAACAAUGUUGUGUAUAAUCUGUAUCAGAUGCCAGUCUGCUAUAUUUUUAUAUCAUUAAUAAAACGAGUGAAAGAAA